UAAUAAUAAUAAAAGUUGAAGGUUCUUAGUUUGUGCAUUGAGUGAAUUAGUGUGGGUCUUAUCUCUAACAUGUUCCUUUUGCCACCACAUCUUACCACUCCAUUCCCUUCUACCCGCUCCACCUACUACUUCCCCACCACCCGCCACCACCAACCACCACCUCCUUCCGCCGCCAACCCCUUGAUCUCUUCCUCCGUCGCAACCGCUGCCCCACUCAUCGCCGAUGAGGGCCCCAACGACAUUCUCCCCCUCCAGAACCGCCGCUAUGACUUUACUCCACUCCUCAACUUCCUCUCCUCCAAUUCCAAUUCUGAACCAGAAAACAACUCGCCUUCCCCCACUCAACUUGACCCAACUGAGUUCCAACUCGCCGAGUCAUACCGAGCCGUGCCAGCACCACUCUGGCACGGUCUCUUGAAAUCCCUCUGCUCCUCUUCUUCAUCCAUAGGACUCGCAUACGCCGUCGUUUCGUGGCUCCAAAAGCAUAACCUCUGCUUCUCCUACGAGCUCCUCUACUCCAUCCUCAUCCACGCGCUCGGUCGCAACGAGAAGCUCUAUGAGGCAUUCUUGCUCUCCCAGCGGCAGGUCCUCACUCCCUUAACCUACAACGCGCUCAUCGGCGCGUGUGCCAGAAACGGCGACCUCGAGAAAGCCCUUAACUUGAUGUCUCGAAUGCGCCGCGACGGGUUCCAACCUGAUUUCGUGAACUACAGUUCCAUCAUUCAGUCGCUCUCGCGCUCUAACAGAAUCGAUUCUCCGAUUCUGCAGAAGCUUUAUAGGGAGAUUGAGAGUGAUAAGAUUGAGGCCGAUGCGCACCUUCUUAAUGACAUCAUUUUAGGGUUUUCGAAAGCCGGUGAUGCUACUCGCGCUUUGAAGUUUCUUGCUAUGGCUCAGGGGAAUGGGUUGAGUCCAAAGUCAGGGACUUUGGUUGCGGUUAUUUUGGCUUUGGGGAAUUCCGGUAGGACUGUUGAAGCCGAAGCACUUUUUGAGGAGAUUAAGGAUAAUGGGUUGGAACCUAGGACCAAGGCUUAUAAUGCUUUGCUUGCAGGUUAUGUAAAAAUGGGGUCUUUGAAGGAUGCGGAGUUCAUUGUUUCUGAGAUGGAGAGAAGUGGUGUUUUGCCCGAUGAGCAAACUUAUAGUCUCUUGGUUGAUGCUUAUGCUCAUGCUGGUAGGUGGGAGAGUGCUAGGAUUGUGUUGAAGGAGAUGGAGGCUUGCAAUUUGCUGCCGAAUUCUCAUAUUUAUAGUAGGAUCUUGGCGAGUUAUCGCGACAAGGGCGAGUGGCAGAAAUCAUUUCAAGUGCUAAAGGAGAUGAGGAACAGUGGGGUUCAGCCUGAUAGGCAGUUUUAUAAUGUGAUGAUUGAUACUUUUGGGAAGCAUAACAUUCUUGAUCAUGCGAUGGCAACGUUUGAACGAAUGCUGUCGGAGGGGAUUAUGCCAGAUACUGUUACAUGGAACACGCUGAUCGAUUGUCACUGUAAGUCGGGGCGCCAUGAUAGGGCGGAGGAGUUGUUCGAUGAAAUGCAGCAGAAAGGAUACUCGCCUUGUGUCAUGACAUAUAACAUUAUGAUUAAUUCUAUGGGGGAACAGGAGAGAUGGGAUGAAGUGACUAAGUUGUUAACUAGGAUGCAGAGCCAGGGAGUGCUGCCCAAUGCAGUUACAUACACUACCCUGGUUGAUAUUUACGGAAGAUCAGGAAGAUUUGGCGAUGCAAUAGAGUGCUUGGAAGUUUUGAAAUCGACGGGGUUCAAGCCAACUCCAACCAUGUAUAAUGCCUUGAUCAAUGCCUAUGCACAAAGGGGUUUGUCUGAACAAGCAGUAAAUGCGUUCAGGAUGAUGACAGCUGAGGGUUUGACACCCAGUCUUCUAGCUCUAAAUUCACUAGUUAAUGCAUUUGGCGAAGAUAGAAGGGAAACUGAAGCCUUUGCUGUGCUGCAGUACAUGAAAGAGAAUGGCUUGGAACCUGACGUCGUUACUUACACUACACUUAUGAAAGCCUUAAUUCGUGUUGAAAAAUUUGACAAGGUUCCGGCUGUGUAUGAAGAAAUGGUUAUGUCCGGGUGCACCCCAGAUCGAAAAGCUAGAGCUAUGCUGCGGUCUGCCCUUAGAUACAUGAAGCAAAGACUAAAUUCAUAAUUAAUUAAUCAAGCACAUUAAAUUGCCAAAACAGUGUCAAAUUUGCUCCCAUGCUCUUUUGGAGGUAAUGGUUCGCAGAUCAGUUUGCGUGGGAUGUGAUCAUUAGCAUAUAAUUCUUUCUUCUUCUACAUUGCAUGAAUGAGAAAUGAGAUUGCACAAAUUGGGACAUGGUACUCUCCCCCCAAAGGAACUUCAUUCAGAGGAAUUCAUGGAAAAUAGUUGGUUUCCCAUGACGCUGUAUUUUAUAUGUAUCAAUUUUUGGGAUGAAUGUAUUGUAUAUGUUCAAUGUAAGUAAACUUUGUAUGUUAA